UAAGCUUUUUGUUGUAGGGUUCUCUCUCUCUCUCUCUCAUUUUCUGUAAUAUCAUUCAAUGAGAAAGCCUUGCUGUAAGAAGGAAGAGACUAACAAAGGAGCCUGGUCCCAAGAAGAAGACCAGAAACUAAUUGCUUACAUCCAAAAACAUGGUGAAGGUUGCUGGCGUUCACUUCCUAAGGCUGCUGGGUUGCGACGCUGUGGCAAAAGUUGCCGACUGAGAUGGAUAAAUUAUUUAAGGCCAGACCUCAAGCGUGGCAACUUUGAAGAAGAUGAAGAGGAUUUAAUCAUCAGGCUUCAUGCUCUCCUUGGGAACAGGUGGUCACUGAUAGCUGGAAGAUUACCUGGACGGACUGACAAUGAAGUAAAGAACCACUGGAAUUCUCAUAUAAGAAAGAAGCUAACACAGAUGGGAAUUGAUCCCAAUAAACCUCAUAAGCUGGGAGGCACUGCAUCUUUUACUGGAAUCUCAUUUUUUUCCAAGAAUCAGGCACCUAAGCCAGUGAAUGUCCAUCGCGAUGACAGUCAAAUCCUGGGUUUUGAGAGUGGUGUUGAAAGCAACAAGACCAGCUGUGUCCCAGACUUGAAUCUUGACCUCACUCUUAGCACUCCCACGAGUACUCUUGUGGAAGAGAGGCAGCAGCCAAUACCUUAACUAAAGUUCCUGGUCUCCAUGGCCUCUUCUAUGAAGAUAGCUAAUUGCAUCAGAGUGUAAGUAGUAGUAUAAUCUCGUGGUGCAAAACAGGAGAAUAGAAAUAACAUCAAAGCUCAUCUCAUAUAUUUUUAUCAUGAGGAAUGGAGUUAAAACAAGGUUAGCAAUGACAAAUAUCAUUUGAAAUUAAAAACAUAUGGUGAGAGGGUAUUUUUAUUUGUAUCUCUAUGCCAUACCUACUUUUUUAUAUGCUUUGGAAGUGUAAUACAUGUAUUUGACUGAAGUAUUAUGUUGCUGUAAACCUAAUUGUAAGGGAAGUUUGUGUAUCGAGGCUGUAAAUUUGCAUAUUUUAAUUUAUCAAGUAUUUAUACAAAGUCUGUUGAACUUUUAUGAUUGUAGAA